UCUUUCUUCUAGGGAUGAACUCUAUCGAAAUACGAUUACGUAAACUUAUUACGAUCGCCGUCGAUCCUCACCCCCAUCGUUCUUCUCCGUCUCCGGCAACCUCACCGACCCGUCCCUGGAAAGCAGGAGAGUCGCACCGGAAGGAAUCCAAACAGCCGAACAGAGCAGUUCGUUGGCUUCAGUGUGCAACUCGGCACCUAAUCAGGUCGCGUUCCCACUCUGCCCAAUAGAAUACACCGACCCACCACCACCAGACCAGGCAAGCCAAACCGGAGACACCUUCCCGUCGUCACCACCACCAAGGCCGGCCGAUUCCGACGCCAUGGCCGACGACGACGCCGUUCUCUCCGACGUCGACGAGGACCCCCUCCCCCCUCCUUCCUCCUCCAGCAAAACCCCACCCCAACCCCAGCCCGAUGCCCAGGCGCAGCAGCAACGGCUGCUUGACCUGGCCGCAGAGCUGGACGAGGAGCGCAGCCUCCGCCGCGCCGCCGAGGGAUCCCUUGCCGAGUCCGAGGCCCGCCUCGCCCGCCUCAAGGCCUUCGCGCAGGACGUACUCCGCAAGCGCGAUGACCUCUCCAACGAGGCCGCCGCCUCCGCGCGCUCGCUCGCCGCGCUCCAGGCCGAGGCCGCCGCCUCCGCACGCUCGCUCGCCGCUCUCCAGGCCGAGGCCUCCACCGCCUCCUCCAUGCUCUCCUCCGGCUUCGAGAGGAUCUCCGCCAAGGCCUCCCCUUCCUCCGCCCCCGCCCCGCUCCCCACCUCCCAGAAGUACUCCGCCGGCCUCCCCGCCCUCGCAUACGGCGUCCUCAAGCGCGCCAACGACAUCGUCGACGACCUCCUCGCCCAGAUCGACGCCGCCAACCGCGACCGCGACCGCGUGCGAGAGCAGAUGGACCGCCGCAACUACCAGAUCGCCAUCGAGGUCUCCGAGCUCGAGGCAUCGCUUGCGUCCAGGGCUGCCGAGUGCGAAUCCCUCUCCAAGUCCCUGUCCCAGCGGGACGCAGAGAUCUCCGAGCUACGUGACAAAAUCGCCUCUCUCGAGGGGAAGCUGGACUCGCAUAGGCCUGUGCUCGCGGAGCAGAUUGGAUGCGCCUCUAAGCUGUACGACGAGAUGCGCGAGGUGGUCAAGCUGGUGGACGCGGACGCCGCCAGCACGCUGUCUGACUCGGUGUUUGUGUGGAAGGAGACGGACGUGGAGGAGAGUCUCAAGGUGUCGCUGGAAGGGACGAAGUUGGCCUAUGAGCUUGCGGUCAUGGCCCUGGAGAAGGUGGAGGCAUGUGUCGGUGACAAGGAGAGCAUGGUGAAGGGUUUGGAGGAGAGGGUGGAUGAGCUGAUUCGCGAGAAGGAGCAUAUUGGGGUGCUGCUUAGGAGUGCGCUGCAGGCGACCACGAGUGAGGUGCUGAAGGUUGCAGAGGAUGGACUGAGGGAAGCCGGCAUUGAGAUAGGGCUCGAUGAGCGAAAGGAGCAUAGGCCAGGGAGCGUGGAGAAGGAUGAGGUCUAUACCCUGGCAGGAGCAUUGGAGAAUACCAUGAAGGAAUCCCAGGUUAAGAUCGUUGAGCUGCAGCAUCUUGUCGAAGCACUAAGAGCGGAGUCUGGUCUACUUAGAACAAGGCUGGAAGGGCAAGAAAAAGAGAUUGGCCAGCUAAGGAAGCAAAUAAAGCAUCUUGAAGAGAAGGAAAGGGUGGCAAAUGAAAGUGUUGAGGGUCUGAUGAUGGACGUAACAGCUGCUGAAGAGGAGAUUAAAAGAUGGAAGAUGGCAGCAGAGGAGGAAGCCGAAGCUGGUAGAUCAAUUGAACAAGAGUUCCAAACUCAGAUAUCAUCCCUCCACAAGGAAUUAGAUGAAGCAAAGCAAGCUAUGCUGGAGCUAGAAAACAAGCUGAAGUUCAAGGAAGAGACAGCGGCUGCAGCAAUGGCGGCACGUGAUGCUGCAGAGAAAUCUCUAAAACUAGCAGAUACGAGAUCUUCCAGGCUACGAGAGAGACUGGAGGAGCUUAACAGGCAGCUUGAAGAAUCAGAUAAUAGAGCUGACUCUGUUAAUCGUAAUGGCCAUAGAUACAUGUGCUGGCCAUGGCAAUGGUUGGGACUGAACUAUGUGCGGUUACCUCCUGCCGAGACGGAUCAAACUUCCAAUGAGAUGGAGCUAUCUGAACCCCUGAUAAUAUAGGUGUGCCAUAUUUAUACAGAUUAUAAAUACGAGUGCUGGUCCUGCUCUUUCAUCAUUUAGAAAAGGAGAACAUUAGAUUUGGGUUUGCUUUCUUCUGUAGAUGUUUUGCCAAUUUGUCCAUGCUUGUAUUGUGCAAAGCUCACGAGGGUGUUAGAUGGUCCUGUGUAAUUGUUAAAGUUACCAGUUGGGAUAUAUGAAGACGCCGAGAUGUCCAUUCUUUGACAA